AUGACUUCAGAUUCACUUUUGAUCGGAAUAGAUGUUGGAGGAACAAACACCGACUCUGUUCUUCUUGACCCAUCAUCAUUUGGGACUGAAAACAGAGGUGUGUUGGCAUUUCACAAAGCCGCUACCACAGCUGAUGUGUCGGAUGGAAUCUCAAGUGCACUCAACCAUUUGUUCGAAGACACCCACAAAUACAAGAAACUGGAUGUGCUUGCUAUCACGAUUGGUACCACCCAUUUCAUAAAUGCUGUUAUUGAGCAGGACACUGCAAGAUUGCAGCCAGUAGCGGUGCUUCGACUCUGUGGACCCUACUCGAAAGGAUCAUAUCCUUUCUCGGAUUUCCCACCGUCAUUGACCAGAAUUCUCAAAGGGUACGUGGGAUAUGUCAAUGGAGGAAACCGGGUGGAUGGUUCCAAGAUCCAGCAAUUGGAUGAGUCCGCCAUUUUAGAACACGCCCGGAAAAUCAAGGAUUUGGGAAUCAAGGCAGUGGCUAUUGUGGGUAUCUUCUCGAUUAUUGAUAAAACUCAAGAAAAUCGAGCAGUGGAGUUGGUGAGACUGGUCAUUGGUGAUGCCAACAUUGUUGCCUCGCAUGAGGUUUCAGGAAUUGGGUUUUUGGCUAGAGAAAACGCUUCCAUUUUGAAUGCAUCUAUUAUGGCAUUUGCUGGGAAAAUCAUUCAUUCGUUCACCACCUCGGUCAGAAAGCUGGGUUUCCACUGUCCCAUUCUCUUAACCCAAAAUGAUGGUACCGUUCUUACCAUUGAGGAAGCUCGCAAUGCACCAAUCCGAACAUUUUCGUCAGGAGCUACUAACUCGAUGCGUGGAGCUUCCUUCCUUUGUUCGAGGGAGGAGGCCACAAACGGAAAGAGUAUUAUGGUUGUGGAUGUGGGUGGAACCACCACUGAUGUGGGGCUUCUUCUUCCGAACGGAUUCCCAAGGCAAGUUUCCUCGCAUUCGGUAGUUGGAGGUGUUAGAAUGAACUUUUCCAUGCCCCACGUGGAGAGUAUAGGUUUGGGUGGAGGCUCCAUUGUCCGCCAGGUGGACGGUAAAGUAACCAUCGGUCCAGACUCUGUAGGCUCAGAUAUCAUUACUAGAGGACUUGUUUUUGGAGGAGAUACUACUACAGCAACAGAUGUGACUUUAGCAGCAGGUAGUCGAAGUGACGACCAGUCCUUCAAACUUGGAACCGUCCCUGUUGACAAGAUCUCUCAGAAGUUUUCAAAUGACUAUGUUGCUUCUUUCUCAGCUGCUUUGAAACAUAAAUUGGAGAUGGUCAUUGACCGAAUGCGUACUAGUCCAGAUCCACUUCCGGUGUUACUCGUUGGUGGAGGCUCGUUUAUUGCGCCAUUAGAGUUGGAUGGAGCAUCGGUUGUUUUACGACCCCCUUACUAUCAGGUUGCCAACGCAAUUGGUGCAGCUAUGGGUAAGUUAUCAGCACUGAUUCAAAAGAUCGAAAACCUCAAUCACAUGGGAGAAAAGGAGGCUGUUAUUGAUAGACUUACUAAGCAGGUUACUGCUGAGAUUGUUGCCAAGGGUGCUCUUGAGGAAUCAGUCAAGGUGGUGGACUUGAUGUACGAUCCUGUUCCAUACGUUGACAGAGCCUACUCUUUUGAGAUCAAGGUAGUUGGAGAUGUCGACUACGAAAGAGUGAGGGCAGCAUACAACAGUAUCACAAGUGAAACUAAAGCAGAAGAUGACGUUUAUGAAGGUUCUUCUAUUUACAAACAGUCCAAGGAUCUGAAGGAGAUUGUGGAUGAAGCAGAACUCAUUGAUCAUGAGUCUUACACUCCACUUGUAAAUGAGGAUAAAGAAUGGAUCAUAUCAGAAACCGAUUUGGAUUACAUUCGAAUUGGAACUUACAUACUUGGCUGUGGUGGAGGUGGAACACCAUUCCCAAUUUACCUUGAGAUGCGGAAUAUGAUUCGAGAUGGCGCUAUUAUCCGGGUUGUUUCUAUCGAAAAUGCCCACAAGAAAACAGAAGGUAAGGGCACUUACGUCUCGGUGGGAUUCGCCGGAUCUCCGACAGUAUCGGACGAGCAAUUGACUGGAGACGAACUCGUGGAUGCUUGUGACGCUUUAUUCAAGUACAUCAACCGGACCGCAGAUGGAGUGUUUGCCUUGGAAAUCGGAGGAGGUAACGGCUUCAUGGGUAUGUACCUUGGAUCGUCGACACAAUUGAACAUUCCAGUGAUUGAUGCAGACUUGAUGGGCAGGGCGUACCCCACUCAUAGUCAGAUUUUACCUUGUGCUCUCAACGAAGAGUCCGUAUUAGAGAUCACCUCUGUUUCAGAUGGCAAUGGCAACAAAUUCUUGAUUACUCUGGCUCAAGAUGAUACAUACGUGGAAAAGAUGAUGAGGGCGGCCUUGUCCCAAGUCGGAUGCCAUGUUGGAGUUGUCAACACGCCAAUGACUUCUGAUGACUUGGUAUCAGAGACAGUUCACCACUCUAUUUCGACAGCUUGGAGAAUUGGCAAGGCUGUGAAUCUUGCUCGGCAGAGAACACACUUUGACCAAUUAUCCAAAUACAUCUUGAACAGUGUUGGAGGUGCGAGCGCUGGACGAGAAAUUUUUGCUGGCAAGAUCAUUGGUGUGGAGAAGAAGCUAUUCAUGGGACAUGUUUAUGGAGAGGUGAUUAUUGAGAAUGAGAAUAAGGACAAGUUGAAGAUACCUUUCAAGAACGAGAAUAUUGUUGCUGAGUUGCAGAAAGCUGGUUCUAGUGAGUGGGAGACCAUUUGCUCAGUUCCAGAUUUGAUUUCUGUUUCGUAUGCUGACAGUGGAGAAGCAUGUGGAACUCCGGAUUAUCGGUAUGGACUCAUGGUGUUUGUCAUCGCUUUUGCACCCAAUGAUCUCUGGAUUAGCACCGAGAAAUCUUUGGCAGUUGGAGGACCCAAGGGUUUUGGUCCUGCUUUCGAGCAUAUUGAAUACAAGCCUGUGGGAAAAUACUACAAACCUGUGUCUGUUAUUGAUGAGUACUACAGAGGCUGA